GGCCCCUCAGUCCAUCUCCAGCAGUCGGCAGUGUAGGUUCGCGCGGCGCCGUGCCGCGGUCAUGCUCGUCGUCGUCGUGGACACUGGGAGGGAAGGCGUCGCACCGCGUCUAGCUUUCCGCGAGUCGCGUUUUCCGGGGGAUCGCCGCGGUUUUUAAUUAGUGCCAGGGAAGUUCCUCCAGUGGCGCGAACCCUCCGACAGUGACGGAGUGGCGCCGCGAGUCGCGACAGUGAUUGAGUGUUUGACAAGUUUGGCACCGGUCACCUUUUUACUUUUCGGAUCGGCCCGUUGGAUAACGCUUUCCGGAUUACUCGAAUCGGCGACACACCUCAACUCGACUUCAGUGAUGGCGUCCUCCGAGUUCCGGCGGCAGCACAGCCGCGUGUACUGGUCCAGCUUCCACGAGGACAUGGCCGUGUCCGCGCUGGGCUCGCCCAUCCCGCACUCGCCGGCGGUCGGCGCCGCCCCCGCCACCCCCGGCGCCGCCGCCCCCGGCAGCCCCGCGCUGCAGCCCCCAGUGCAGGAGCAGGGCCUUGAUCAGGGCGGCAGGGACUCGUCCAGCUCCCCCAGCACGUCCCACAAGAGCCAGGACUCGGGCUUCUCGGACUCGGAUGGCUCGCACCAGGCCGCCGCCUCCCCGGUGUCGUCAUCCCCGGAGGUGACCGACGCGGCGCAGUUGCCGUGCACGCCGUCGCCCACGCACACGCGCCUGCAGCUGUGCCUGAGCGGGGCCUGCACGUCGACGCCGAGGGAGCGCCGCGAGGCCCCGGCCACGUUCGGCGGCCACGCCACGCCCGGGGAGCUGCGUCGCCGGCUGUCCCAGGACGACUCGUCACUGCAGUCCCUGCAGUCGCGGCCGCUGCCCGCCAUCCCUCCCGCCCCCCUGCAGCAGCAGCCGGUGGCCACCACCACGCCCACCAGGAGGCCGUCGACCGCCGGCACGAGGCGCCUGCACGAGCGCAGGCCGAGCGCGCGCCCCGUCAACCUGCUCAACAACUUCGACAAGGACGACGCUCCGACCAGUGUGGCGGCGGUGCCGGUGACGGACGUGACGGGGGCCUUGUCGGCGUGGCUGGGCGGGCUGCGGCUGUCCUGCGAGCCCGAGUGCUCCGUCACGCUCCAGAGCAAGGCGCUCCUCGGCGCCGACCCCAAGGGCCUGCGCCAGCUCAGCGGCGUCCAGCUCGCCUCGCCGCAGGGCCUGGGGCACCUGCAGCGCCGCGCGCACCAGCUGUCCUGCGAGUACACCAAGCUCUGCGGGCGCGUGCAGCGGGGCGCCCUGGACCAGGUGGGGCCCAUGACGGAGGCCUUCGUCCGCCACGUGGUGGCGUUCCUGGAGGACCACGUCGACGCCGUGCCCGCGGCCUCGGAGCGCGCGGCCAGGCUGAGGACGGCGUGCGAGCGGCUGCAGCGCGACGCCGCCAAGACGGACCCCGAGCCCGCCGACAUGGCCGCCUCCCUGGCGGCCGUCCGCGCCGCGCUCACCGCCACCGUCGACGCCAUCCUGGAGAAGCAAGUGCAGGAGCUGGUGAACGUGCUGGAGGGCCCCGCGUCGCCGCUGUCGCUGCGCACGGCGGUGUCCGCCCUGUGCGCGCUGGGCCGCCAGGGCUCCGCGCUGUCCGAGCUCGUGGUCCGCUGCGGCGGCGUCCGCGCGCUGCUGCAGGCCGGCGGCGUGGAGGUCGUCGCCGAGCUGCUGUCCGAGGCCAACCGCGCCGAGGAGGAGCGCGCCGAGGCCGCCGCCGUGCUCGCCCAGAUCACGGCGCCCUGGGUGCCGGACAACGCCCGCGUGGAGGGGCUGUCGCAGCACCUGGACGCCAUCGUGCACGCCCUCACGAGACUCGUCCGCGGGGCGUCCAGCGGGGAGGUGCUGCUGCUGGCCGCCGCCGCGCUGUCCCACCUGAGCUACGUGGAGACCAGCGCCGUGUGGCCGCUGCUGACGGCGGGGGCCGCGGGCGCCGAGCAGGCCGCCACCCUGAUCGCUAACAUGUCCGCCGUGCCCGAGGCGCGCGCCGAGCUGGCGGCCGAGCGCGCCGUCGUGGCCCUGCUGUGCUUCCUGCAGCUGCGGCCGUCGCCGCUGCAGCGGGCCGCCGACAUCGCGGCCGCGGAGCGCGUCCAGCACAAGGCCGCCAUCGCCCUGUCCAGGUUGGCGAGUGACCCCGUGGUGGCGAGCCAGGUCGUGUCCCUGGAGGGCGUCCCCCGCCUCGUCCGGCUCUGCAGGGACGAGAAGGAACGCAACCACAGCGACGGAGUUCUUGUCGCCUGCCUGGCGGCCCUCAGGAAAAUCGCGGCCAACUGCGACUCUGUGGUUUUGAGCAAGAGAGACCAUCGCGAACUGUUGGAGCCGAGGCUUCUGGAUUCCUUCAUGCUGUUUUCCACUCGUCAAGAAAGCUACGUGUAGAGAGGGACGACUCUUUUUGUGCUGUUCACAUCAUGUUAUUCCUUAUUGGUUGUCUUUCACAGACAGUGACUAUACCUUUUUGCCAAAGUGUGUUUGUUUUUGUUUCUUUCUUAACAUAUUAUUUUGUAUUUUAUUCUAAAUACUGUAUGUGACUAACGUGCCCUAUUUUACUGCAAAGAAAUUUUUUUUCCUUUGUGUUACAUUUGUUGUCCACUUGGGAUGGACUUGUCGGAGUCAAUGUGUCAAGGCUCAGGGAAAAUAUUGUCGGUGUAUUUUCAGUCUUCAUGCCUGGCGCCUGACUUUGAUUUCCUUGGAACUGAAGUGAUGAGGUACCAGUAGUUUCAUUGAAAUGUAUUGGGAGGGAGGGGCUGUUGAAUUUGCGUUUUGAUUGUGUUUUGCAAAGUUUAUUCAACCAACAUGUUACAUCGCACUUCCCUUUACCCAAACUUACAACGGACAUCGUUCUGUUUUAUUUUAAUUGAUUGUUGAGGAGAUAGUUAUUCUAGUCAAUGUUAUUUACACAUGCCAUUUGUAAAAAAAUGUUUCAGAAAUAAAUUGAUUGAGAAAAUUUAAAACAUA